CACCGCCACUCCGCCAACGCCCGCCGCUGGCUGGAGCAGUACUACGUGGGGGAGAUGGAGCCCGGCGAGGAGCAGAGCCCCCCUGAGCCGGCGGAUGAGAAGGCGGUGGACGCAGCAGCCCAGACCCCAAAACGGAUGGAUCCCCGUUGCAAAACGGUGGACGUGGAGACGUGCCUCUCCGAGCGUGCCACAGGAGCGGGGAUUCGUCCCCAAGGUGCCUUUGGGCGUCCCUGCCUCGCGCGGCACCACCUGGCCACCAUGCCUCGCACGGCCCCGCUUGUCGAGUACUCCAUCCCCGUCCACAAAUACUACUUCCCCUUCAUCUUCCUCCUGGGGAUGUUCCUGUGGUCCCUGCUAGAGUACCUCAUCCAUCGCUUUGUCUUCCACAUGAAGCCACCCGCUAGUAACUACUAUCUCAUCACCCUGCAUUUCUUGCUGCAUGGGCAGCAUCACAAGUCUCCCUUCGACAGCUCCCGCCUGGUCUUCCCUCCCAUGCCGGCCUCGCUGGUGAUGGGCUUCUUCUACGGCAUCCUGCGGCUCAUGCUGCCCCAGGUGCUGGGGCUCUCGGUGUUCGUCGGAGGGCUCUGCGGCUACGUCAUCUAUGACAUGAUGCACUAUUACCUCCACUACGGCUCGCCCAAGAAAGGCACCUACCUGUACGGGCUGAAGGCUUAUCACGUCAAGCACCACUUUGAACACCACAAAUCAGGUAGCGCCGCCUUUCCUGCGCAUGCCGGUGGCGGCAAGGGCUGUCGAAGCCCAGCCUGCCUUUGCCCGGGCAGCUGA